GACAGUUUCAAUAACAUACAGCCGUCUCGCUUUACGGCAGUGGGUGUAACUCGCUUAGCAGAAACAGCUAUUUGUCAGGAGGAGAUGCGCUUUGGGUCUCUGGCUGCAGAAACACUGACCGCUGGAUCCUUGAGAGCUUUAGCUGUGACCGUGCUCCUGAGUGUGUUGAUGCUCCCGCUGCUGAGGACUGUUGGACUGAGAGUUUUCUCGAUGGCCUCUGAGACGUACACACCUGGCUCUCUCUCUGCUGCCUUCGUCACCUGUCCCAACGACACCGUGGCUAAAACCCUGGCCAGGGGUAUUGUGGAAAACAAACUAGCUGCUUGCGUCAACAUUGUUCCAGCAAUCACAUCUGUAUAUGAAUGGCAGGGUAAGAUUGAAGAGGACAGCGAAGUGAUGCUGAUGAUUAAAACAAGAAGCUCCAAGGUGCCUGCUCUAGCUGAAUACGUCCGCUCUAACCAUCCCUACGAGGUGGCCGAGGUGAUCAGCCUGCCCAUCGAGCAGGGAAACCCUCCGUACCUGAAGUGGAUCGAAGGAGUCGUUCCUGAAUAAUUGCGAUUAUUUUGACUGAUAUUUGAGGGAAUGGUCAUUUUGCAUCGUAAUUCUGAGGUUCUGUGCCAAACAAAUGUGUUCAAAGUCUGUGGGAAAAAGAUUUGUGAAUGUGGGGAUAUCUCUAGAGCUCCACAAAACUGUAUAUUUUUGACAAAUAUUGAGAUCCCUGCGAUUUAAAUAUUGCACCAUACAUAUUCGGAUUUUGAAAACGUUUUGAUUAACUGUGCACACCUAUCCACGACUAAGAGUGGAAGAAUGUUACAAUUCGAUCUGGAAAAGUGUGUGUUCAUGCCUCAAAUACACAAAACAAGUCUGUCAUGGUAACGCUACCUGCUAGAAAAGGUACAAGUCAAGACAAGGUGCCCGUUAUGUGAAUAAAUAACACCACACAGGCCUCUGGUGUACAUGGUUUAAACUGUUAAACGGCUAAAACCAGUCAUUUUUGUUGCUAAAAUACAAAAAAACUUCACUCAUAGGUUGUAUUUCUAUUUUAAAAACUAUGAAACAGGUGAAAUGUAUUCCUUUUUGGUGCAAGACAAAGACACACAUUCUAACAUGAAUACAACUCUGAUACGGCUAAUACAUGUCCUUUUUUGAAGCCAUCAUUUAAGUCCUUUAAGUGCUUCAUAUGUUCCCUUUCAGUGUGUACACCUGCUUCUACAUCUGUACUCCCUAAUUGAAAAGCGUGCUGGAUAAACUGACACUAAAAUGUAAAAGUGCAAGACAUAAGUUCUGAUUUCUACUGUGAAAGAUCCAUAUUUCAAUAAAGAGGACGAUGUUUUUUACAA